AUGAAGCUGAGGAGACAGAAACUUAACUCGUUCUAUCAAACUCUCUGGGCAGUUAUCCUGCAGAAAACUUCUUCCUACAAUCCCACCACGGGUUUCGCCAUGAGCCGAAACAUUGAGCCUAAACACUCCGUAAGAGACCAAGAGGAUGAGAUCGACGAUGACGAUUUGUUGAAGGCCUUGGAGAACGAAGAUGACUCUGCAUAUCGAGCCCAGCGUAUCGAACAACUCAACGCCGAGCUCGCAUCCGCCCAGAACAACCGGUCAGUGGUCCCUGUCCCUGGCCAGACAACAAUCACCCAUGAUAGCCUAUACCCAACUCUUGAGAAUGACCAGAUAUUGCUCAAUUUCACAACGGAUACCCAUCGGUGUGUAAUCCAUUUUGCGCACCCCGAUUUCGCACGCUGUGGCACCAUGGACGAACAUAUGCGGGCUUUAGCAACACAGCAUUACGACGUGCGCUUUGCCCGUGUCGAUGUUAGGGACACUCCGUUCGUGGUGGAAAAGCUGAAGAUACGCGUUCUCCCUUGUGUGAUCGGGUUUAAAGAUGGAAUUGCUGUUGUGCGUGUAGUUGGCUUUGAAGGUCUUGCUUUGGGCGGGCGUGAUGGGACCGACAGCUUCAGCACAGCAACUCUUGAAAAGAGGCUGUUAUACGAAGGAGUUCUAGUGCAGGCGAAGAUUAGAGAUGAUAAUGAUGAUUCCGAUAUAUCUGAUACAGAUGACGAGGAUGAGGAUGAGGAUGAUGGCAGAAGACGAACUAAAAAGAGAAGGGCCAUCGGCGGCAGGGGAACGCGGUACAACAGGGACAAUGAUGAUGACGAUUGGGAUUGA